CAGGGGCGGACUGACCAUUUGAAAACUCGGCUACUGCCCAAGGGCCCGGGGUCAGUAGGGGGCCCCAUGAGAUGCCCCUGGUACCUUUUUCAUAGGCUUUUUUGAGUUUGGGCAAGGACACAGGGGCCCCCUGAUCCCCUAUUGCCCGGGGCCCCAUGAGUUGUCAGUCUGCCCCUGCUAAUGCCGCAUAUCAGUGCUGCCUAUCAGUGCCCAUCAGUGCUGCCUAUCUGUGCCACCUCAUCAGUGCCGCCUAUCAGUGCCCA